AUGGAAAAUAUAAGAGACGAAGAUAGAAAACGCCGUUUACGGCUGUUAGAAGAUAAAAUACAGGAUCCUAGAAGUGUUGCUAAUGUGGACUGUUUAUUGGAUACUGUGCAGGCUUUGGUUGCUGAUUGUGAUCAUCCCUCCAUCAAAAGAAUGAAAAAUAUCGAUGCUUAUAUGGAAAGAUAUGACGUAGUUGCAUCUGAUAUUAGAAGACUUCGAAUGAAAAGUGAUGAUUUUACACAAAUAAAAGUCAUCGGUCGUGGAGCUUUUGGAGAAGUCCAACUGGUUAGGCAUAAAUCGACUCAAAAGGUGUAUGCCAUGAAACUACUUAGUAAAUUUGAAAUGAUUAAACGUUCAGAUUCAGCUUUCUUUUGGGAAGAGAGAGAUAUCAUGGCUCAUGCGAAUUCAGAAUGGAUCAUUCAGUUACACUUUGCUUUUCAGGAUGAUAAAUUUCUUUAUAUGGUGAUGGAUUAUAUGCCAGGAGGUGACCUGGUGAAUUUAAUGUCUAAUUACGAUGUACCUGAAAAAUGGGCUAAAUUUUACUGUGCUGAAGUUGUUCUUGCUUUAGAUGCCAUUCAUUCUAUGGGCUUCGUUCACAGGGAUGUAAAACCUGACAACAUGCUUUUGGAUAAACAUGGACACUUGAAGCUGGCUGAUUUUGGUACAUGUAUGAGAAUGGAUUCUGAUGGUCUUGUAAGAUCAGAUACUGCCGUCGGAACUCCUGAUUACAUUUCACCCGAGGUACUCCAGUCUCAAGGAGGUGAAGGAGUUUACGGAAGAGAAUGUGAUUGGUGGUCAGUAGGUGUUUUUCUUUAUGAAAUGCUCAUUGGCGACACUCCAUUUUAUGCAGACUCACUGCUCGGUACCUAUUCAAAAAUUAUGGACCACAAGAACACUCUUCGUUUCGAUCCUGAAUUAGAAAUUAGUGGGGAAGCAAAAAGUCUGAUCUGUGGAUUUCUUACUGACAGAAUGAGUCGUCUCGGACGUGAAGGUGUUGGUGAUAUUAAAAUACAUCCAUUUUUCCAAAAUGAUCAAUGGACAUUUGAAAAUCUAAGAGACUGUGCACCACCCGUUGUUCCUGAAUUAUCAGGGGACGCUGAUACUCGCAAUUUCGAUGACAUAGAAAGAGACGAGAGCCCUGAAGAAAAUUUUCCGACACCGAAAGCUUUUGCAGGGAAUCAUUUACCUUUCGUAGGAUUCACAUAUUCUAAAGAUUAUCAGUUUUUGUCACAAGGGAAUAAAAAUAUCAGCAUCGACACCGUAAGUAGUGAUAUUUCGGCACUUCAAACAGAGCUGGAAAAAGAACGCCUUCAUGUUGAAAAUCUCGAAGCCAAACAACAUUGUCUUCUAUCCCAAUUGGAAAUAUCGACGCAUAGAGAAAAUGAGCUGAGGUCUGAUAUUUCCGCUUUGGAAAAAUCUGUUGCCAUCCUUAAACACGAAUUAAAAGAGUGGCAAAGAAAGGCCGACAAUGAACAGGAAUCAAGAAGAAAAACUGAAAUGAGUUUACACGAAAUAAGAAGGAAGUUAGAAGAGGAGCAAAAUAAAAGAACUAGAGAAAUGAACAAUAACCAGCAAGUCAGCGAUAAAAUAACCAUUCUAGAAAAACAGGUCGCUGAGAAACAUGAGAAGUUAAAAGGCGAAAACGAAGCCAAUUCUCGUUUGAGAAAACAAGUGGCAGAGUUAAUAGUUGCGAAAACGGCCAGCGAACAGCUUGCGACUGAGCUCCAAGGGAUGUUAGACUCUUUGCAAUCUCAAAGAGAUUCUUUACAACAAGAAGUCGCUGCUCUGCAAGGACAACUUUCCCAAGAAAAGAGUUCAAAUGCCCAUGCAGUCGAUUUACAAAAAGAACUCGAAGAAAGACUUACAGGCAUGGUUCAUGAAAUUGAACGUGGCCAUGAUCGGGAAAAGAAAAUAUCUGAAGACAAUAGGCAGUUGUCUGAAAAAGUUUCAUGCUUGGAAAAGGAAUGCGCUUCUUUAGGACUCGAAUUGAAGGCUGCUCAAAAUAGGUACCAUCAAGAAGUAAGAGCUCAUGAAGAAACUCAAAAAUCGAGAUUACUAUCUAGUCAGCAGGCGAAUAUGGAAGUUGUCAAAGCCCUGCAAGCUAAAUUAAAUGAAGAAAAAGCAUCCCGACAAAAGGCUGAACUAAAUUAUCAAGAGAAAGAACGACAGAUGUCUAUGUUGACAGUCGAUUACCGUCAAAUUCAACAGCGCUUACAAAAGUUGGAAGGAGAACAUCGGCAAGAAGUUGACAAGUCCAAAGCACUCGCUGCACAAGUUGAACAGGAGCAUGGGAAAAAAUCAGCCCUGGCGACUGAAUUAGGCCUUCAGACUUCUGAAGUAGCCGCCCUGAGGGCUCGAGAAGCUCAGCUUAGCAAUGAAGUUUCGCUUCUUCGGGAGAGGUUAAGGCUAACUGAAGAAGAGCUUCAUAGGUUGAAAACGCAGAAAUCUGUUGACGAUUUACAGAUGAAAGAUCUUCAAGACCAACUAGAAGACCAGCAGCAUUUUACUACACUUUACAAGUCUCAGUCUGAACAGUUGAAGGAUGAAAUAGAAGAAAAAUGCAGGAACAUCGUUGAACUUGAAGAAGAGCGAGGCUCAUUGGCGCAUCAGCUCCAACUAGCUCUGGCUAGAGCUGAUUCUGAAGCAUUGGCCCGAUCGAUCGCGGAAGAGACAGUUGCCGAUCUUGAAAAGGAAAAGACGAUGAAAGAACUUGAAUUAAGAGAACUUUUGUCAAAACAUAGAGCAGAUACUCUGAAUAGGGACACAACGAUUAACAACUUCAAAGAUAGAGAAGUAGAACUCAAAAAGACCAUCGACCAAUUGGUGAAGGAAAAUACUGAUUACAACCACAAAAACGAAAUUAUGGAAAAAGAUAUUCGUAAUACUAAAGCCUGUAUGGACGAUUACGAAAGGCUAGUGAAACAGUUGAAACAAGAACAAUUACUCAAAGCUCAAGCUGUGAAUAAACUCGCUGAAAUCAUGAAUAGAAAAGACUUGAACGUAACUGCUAAAUCUAAGGCUAAAGUUUCAUCAGCCGAUCUAAGGAGGAAAGAAAAAGAAUGUCGAAGAUUGCAGCAAGAACUUACUCUGGAGCGUGAGAAAUAUGGACAAGAAGCUAUGAAGUGGCAGAAAGAAUUACAGGAACUGCAGGCUGCGGUCGUUGAAGAAAAUUCUUCAAAAGUAAAGUUGCAGAUGGAGCUGGAUUCUAAAGACGCUGAGAUAGAACAACUUCAAACCAGGCUGGCCACUCUCUGUAGUGAGACAGCUUCUCUUAGCAGCGCCGAAAAUGAUGCCGAUGACACUCAAGGUACCGAAUCUAGGCUCGAAGGGUGGUUAUAUAUUCCUCAGAAGCAGAACAUCAGGAAGCACGGCUGGAGAAAGCAAUACGUCGUCGUUUCGUCUAAAAAAAUUAUAUUUUAUAAUUCAGAAAGUGAAAAGCAGAAUACUGAUCCCGCGCUGAUAUUAGAUCUCAGCAAAGUGUUUCACGUGAGAUCGGUUACCCAGGGUGAUGUUAUUCGCGCUGAUGCCAAAGAAAUUCCUCGGAUAUUCCAGUUAUUGUACGCUGGUGAAGGAGAAGCGAGGCGUCCAGACGAAACCGAACUGAGAGGUGUUGAUGACAAACCAAAUACAUUAGCUCUGUCUUUCAAAGGACAUGUAUUUGUCCAGAUUUCCUUUCAUAUGCCUACUAAUUGCGAGGUUUGUCCUAAACCACUUUGGAACGUAUUCAGACCUCCUUCUGCACUUGAAUGUCGAGGAUGCCAUAUCAAGCUUCAUCGGGAGCAUUUUGACAAGAAGGAAGAAGCGAUCGCACCUUGUAAAUUGAAUUAUGAUCCCAACUGUGCGAAAGAACUACUACUUCUGGCAUCGGAUAUCAACGAGCAGAAACAUUGGGUCACGAGGCUUUCCAAAAAAAUUCAGAAGAGUGGAUAUAAGGCAAAUACUACUAUUGAUGGGGCUAGAAUAUCCCCUAGAGAAUCUACCAGGUCUUUAUUGAAGCCUUAUAUAACGACACAGCAGAAGUCUGCAACAUUGCCUGCCAACGCCACAUCAAAGUGA